AUGAGCCUGAAAGCAUCUCUCUACCUGCCCAAAUCUCUUCUGCAUGAGCAUGAAAUUGAGGUCAAAUCAAGUGCUACAGGUUUGGGAAGUUUAGCUGAAAUCUGUUUUACCAUCUUUCUUUCUUUCUUUCUUUUUGACAACAGUGGAACAAAAUUGGUCACUUCAAGUGGAGACACAACAGUCCGCAUAUGGGACUUCACAAAGGGUGGAUGCAUCCUGACUUUAGCAGGGCACAGCUGUGCAGCAUGGGACUGCUCUUGGCAUUCAUGUGGAGAUUUUGUCGCUUCAGCCUCUAUGGAUAAAACUAGCAAAGUAUGGGACCUAAACAGUGAGAGAUGCCGAUAUACCUUACGUGGCCAUAAGGAUUCAGUAAACAGCAUCCAGUUUCUUCCAUUCUCCAACAUCAUUCUCACCAGCUCCGCAGACAAGACCUUGUCUCUUUGGGAUGCAAGAACAGGACUGUGUGCGCAGACCUUUUGUGGUCAUAUGCAUUCCUGCAACCAUGCCACAUUUAACAUGAAGGGCGAUACUAUUGUUUCCUGUGAUUCUUAUGGUGUGUUGAAACUGUGGGACAUUCGAAAGGGAGUACCUAUGGUAUCAAUUGAUGCAGGACCACAUCCUGGCAACCACGUCACUUUUGACCCAUCUGGUCAUAUUGUGGCUCUUGCAAGCAAUGAUGGAACUGUCAAGACCUUAGAGCUGAAGUCCGGGCAACUUUCCAGCUUGUUGGGCCAUGAAGAUGAGGUCCAAAGCGUCAUAUUUGAUCAUAAAGCAGAGCAUCUAGUUUCAGGUGGCUCUGAUGGCACCGUGAGAAUCUGGAACUAAGGCUCUUGCCCGCAAUUGAGAGAAAUCUCACAAAAAUGUUUUGACAUCCCUCUAGUGUGGAAGUGAGCUUCCAGUGUAUUUGUCAUUAAGGGUGAAGUGAAGCAAAUUCAUGGAAUAUAAAGUUUCUGUGUC